CACUCGGAGCAUUACGGCACGGUGAGGUGGGGGGGAGGCGGUGAGCCCCCCCCGGCCCGGGAUUGGCGGGCGCAGCGCUCGGAGCGUUACGGCGCGGCCGUGCCCGCAGCGGAGCUGUCCGCGGUGCUGACCGCCGCCGGCCAUGGGCUCGCCGCCGCCCGCCCUGCUCCUGCCGCUCCUCGCCGCUCUGCUCCGUGCACCGGCCGACGGCUUCAACGGGGUGGCGAGGAAAGCCGGGGAGAGCGCUGAGGCCGAAGGGGAGCCCACGGCGCUGCCCACGCCGGCAGAGCGGGAGGCAGAGGCUCGUUUUGUCAGCACGGCGCCCACGUUGAAGCUUCUCAACCACCACCCGCUGUUGGAGGACCUGCUGCACGAAGCCUUCCUGAAGAAGGACUACCUGGGCCAGGCACCGUUCCUGCCCGGUGACCCUGGUCCCCUCCUGCCUGCUGAUGCUCUCCAGCCAGACCCUGGCCCCCCAGCCCCUGAGCCCCCCCCACGCACCCCCGCCCUGCCCAGGGCCGCCUUCCCCACCGACCCGCUGACCACACCAGCGGGACAUCCAGGGCCAUGGGGAGAGGCAUGGGGGGUCGUGCCAGCUGCCAAUCCCUCGUGGUCCCCGCUUGGGGUGCCAGAGUCGGUCCCCGUGUCCCCCAGCCAGGCACCUGCCACCCCUGGCACAUCCCUGGGAUCCCAUACUGGGGUCACUGUGGUCCCCGGGGAUGAGGAGGGGACUACCACCACCUCCACCAUUACCACCACCACUGUCACCACGCUGCAGGGACCAGCCCCCUGCAACCGGACACUGGCGGGUCCCGAGGGCUGGCUGGUGUCCCCAGAGCCAGUCGCUGUCCCCUAUGAUGUCAGCCUGGACUGCACCUACACCGUCUCUGUCUACCCUGGCUAUGGCGUGGAGCUCAAGGUCCACAACAUCAGCCUGGCUGAGGGGGAGACGCUGACGGUGGAGAGCAUGGGGGGGCUGGAGCCCAUCCUCCUGGCCAACGAGUCCUUCCUGCUGCGGGGCCAGGUCAUCCGCAGCCCCGCCAACCUCCUCACCCUCCGCUUCCAGAGCCCCCGGCCCCCCAGCCCCGGCUCCUACUGCUUCCACUACCAAGCCUACCUGCUGAGCUGCCCCUUCCCGGCACGGCCGGCAUUUGGGGAGGUGUCGGUCAGCAGCUUGCACCCCGGCGGGGACGCCCAGUUCCGCUGCGCCGCUGGCUACCAGCUGCAAGGUGCCCACCGGCUUGUCUGCCGCAACGCCACCCGUCCCUUCUGGAGCGCCCGCGAGCCCCUCUGCCUCGCGAUGUGCGGCGGGGUGGUCCGAAACGCCACGGUGGGACGCAUCAUCUCGCCCGGCUUCCCCGGGAACUACAGCAACAACCUGACGUGCCACUGGCUGCUGGAGGCGCCCGCUGGCCACCGCCUGCACCUCCACUUCGAGAAGGUCUCGUUGGCUGAGGACGACGACAGGCUCAUCAUCCGCAAUGGCAACAACGUGGAGGCACCGCCAGUGUACGACUCCUACGAGGUGGAAUACCUGCCCAUCGAGGGGCUGCUCAGCACCGGGCGCCACUUCUUUGUGGAGCUCACCACCGACAGCAGCGGGGCCGCCGCAGGCAUGGCACUGCGCUACGAGGCCUUCGAGCAGGGACAUUGCUACGAGCCCUUUGUCAAGUAUGGGAAUUUCACGGCCAGCGACCCCCGGUACCCCGUGGGCACCACAGUGGAGUUCACGUGCGACCCUGGCUACACGCUGGAGCAGGGCUCCACCAUCAUUGAAUGCGUCGACCCCAACGACCCGCAGUGGAAUGAGACUGAGCCGGCAUGCCGCGCGGUGUGCAGCGGGGAGCUGACGGACACAGCUGGCGUUGUGCUGUCACCCAACUGGCCGGAGGCGUACGGCAAGGGCCAGGACUGCAUCUGGGGGCUGCAUGUGGACGAGGACAAGCGUGUCAUGCUGGACGUCCGCGUGCUGCGACUGGGCACGGGGGACGUGCUGACUUUCUAUGAUGGGGACGACCUGACGGCGCGCAUCCUGGGCCAGUACACGGGUGCCCGUGGCCGGUUCAAGCUCUACGCCUCCAGUGCCGAUGUCACCGUCCAGUUCCAGUCGGACCCCGGCGCCGGUGCCUUUGCCUAUCGUCAAGGCUUUGUCAUCCACUUCUCUGAGGUCCCCCGUAAUGACACCUGCCCUGAGCUGCCAGACAUUGCCAAUGGCUGGAAGACGUCCUCACAGCCAGAGUUGCUCCAUGGCACCGUGGUCACCUACCAUUGCUACCCUGGUUUCCAGCUGUCCGGCACCGACCUCCUGAUGUGCCACUGGGAUCUGACGUGGAGUGGUGACCUGCCCUCCUGCGAGAGGGUGACCUCCUGCCGGGACCCUGGAGAUGCCGAGCACAGCCGCAGGGUGGUCUCCAGCCCUAAAUUCCCAGUGGGAUCCACUGUGCAGUACAUCUGCGACAAGGGCUACAUCCUGGCAGGCACCGGGACCCUCACCUGCCACGAUCGCAUUGCGGGGGGACCCAAGUGGAGUGACCGUCUCCCCAAGUGCAUCCCGGAGACGUAUGAGCCUUGCCACAACCCCGGUGUGCCGGCGGGCGGGCGGCAGAGCCCUGAGCGGCGGUUGUACCCGGCGGGAGCCACCUUACGCUUCUCCUGCACCGCCGGCCGGGCGCUGCUGGGCGAGGGCAGCCUGCACUGUCUGCCCGGGCACCCCUCGCGCUGGAGCGGGUCACCCCCCAUCUGCAAAGCGACCUCCUACGAUGAGUUUUACAGCAACCGUAACCUGGAUGCUGUGGCCAAGGCUGUGCCCUCCGGGACGGCACUGGAAGGCACCAACGUUGCCAUCGCCAUCUUCCUGCCCGUGCUGGUGGUGGCCCUGCUCAUCGGGGGCAUUUAUCUCUACUUCUCCAAGCUCCAGGGGAAGCCAGCCCUGCAGCUGCCCCUCACUGGCUCCCACCCCUACGACCACAUCACCGUGGAGUCGGCUUUUGACAACCCCACCUACGAGACAGGAUCUGUUUUCUUUGCAGGAGACAAGGGAAUAUGAGGUGUCCAUCUAGGCGUGGGCAGCGUGGAGCUGGGCGCUGCAGCCACCCCUCCUGGGCCCCCCCGUGCCCACUGGCCCCCCGCAUGGGCCGGGCACACCUCUCCCGAGGAGACACAGGCCAAGCGCUCGGUGGGACAGACCAGGGCACUGGCCACCCCCCGUCACCCCCAGCCCACCUGGACCCCCGUGGGGUCUGCCCGAGCCCCACUGUCACCCAACUCCCCACCCCAGGCUUCGGGAUGCUGAGCCAGUGGGGGCCCCAUCCAGCCCCCUGGCCCCCACAGGGGCACAGCAGCCCCCCAGCCCCCCGUGAUGGAGGAGGGACCUGGGCAGGGGGAGUGAGGCUGUGGGGACUCCCCAGGUAAGGACAGGGCUCCCCGGGGCUCCAACACACAGGGGGCAGCAGGAUGCCCUGCAGAACCCCGGGGAGGGACCAGGGGGCUGGGGUGGCCAUGGGGGUGCACCCCCCCCACCCCUCGCCCACCCCCAGCACAGGGCCUGCCCCCCCCUGCACCCCCGUGUCUCUCAGCACCGUCACGCAGGGUCGUGUCCCCCCACCGUGCCCCGAGCAUGCUGCGUCCCCUCGGUCCCCACGCUUGCUUCACCCUCCCCGGGGCGUCCCCUCCGCCAUGGGCGUGACCCCCCCGCACGUCCCGGCACCCCAGCAGCGCCGGAUCCGGGCUGACAGCCCGGGGGGACGGGGGGACAGGGGGGCACCGGGCGUGGCUGUGCCCCCGCCGCGUCCCGCCCGGGCUGGUGGCCUCGGCCCCAGCCGUGCCACCCCGGUCUGGAGAGGGUGCCCCCCCCCCCAUCUUUUGGUUGUUUCAUUAAUAAAACUGGUGUUUUAGAAGAA